AUGGAGGCCGCUGAAAAGGUGAAGAAGGGUGCCAGAGAAAGGAAGGGCAGUGGUCCUAAGAAGAAACCAAUAUCUUGCCCCAUCAAGGUUGGUCUUCAAUUCCCGAUCGAUCGUAUCGGCAGAUACCUCAAGAAAGACCGUUAUUCUCAGCGCGUUAGAACCAAUGUCUCAAUCUACUUUGUUGUCAUGCUAGAGUACCUAGCUGUUGAGGUUUUGGAGUUGGCUGGAAAUGGAGCAUGGGAUAACCAGAAACACAAAAUAAUCCCGAGGCAUGUUUUGUUGGUUGUGAGACAUGAUAAAGAACUUGGGAAGCUUCUAGCUGGAGUCACAAUUGCUCAUGGUGGUGUCCUAUUGAAUAUCAACCAUGUUCUUCUACCAAAGAAGAUUGACAAGGCAGCAAAGGAAUCCAAGUUGCCAUCCAAGGCCACCAAGUCUCCCUAA